AUGGAACAUAAUUUCAAGCGCCAACUUGGCCUUAUUUGUGUCAUACUGAUUUUUCCAGCAUUGUGUAGUGGCAAGGAGUUUUAUACUAAAUCCAGAGCAGCAUAUUAUGGCCCCUCAGAUGGCUAUGGGACUCCAAGAGGAGCUUGUGGCUUUGGAGACUAUGGAAGAACAGUCAAUGAUGGCAAUGUGGCAGUCGUGUCUGCUAAGCUAUGGAAAAAUGGAGGUGGUUGUGGUGCAUGUUAUCAGCUCAGGUGCAAAAUAGCACAAUAUUGUGAUUACAAUGGAGCAUAUGUGGUGGCAACAGAUUCUGGCGAGGGAGACAGAACAGACUUCAUCUUGAGCCCUCGCGCCUUCUCAAAGUUAGGACGAAACAAAAAUGCAUCUGAAGCGCUGAAGAAAUACGGUGUGCUUGAUGUUGAAUAUAAAAGGGUCCCAUGCACAUUCAAGGGAAACAACAUUGUGUUUCAGAUCAAUGAACACAGCAGCAACCCCGGUUACUUCGCCAUCGCGAUUCUCUAUGUUGGAGGAACAUCAGAUAUCACUGCUGUUGAGAUUUUGAGGAAAGAGUAUCGCAAAUGGGAGCCUCUACGAAGGGUUUAUGGUGCAGUGUUUGACAUUGCUAACCCACCAACAGGUGAAAUUCGAUUGAAGUUCCUAGUGAGUGAUGGCAGUGCAGGGUUUCAUUGGGUGCAGCCAAAGAUUGCAAUCCCUGAAAAUUGGAAGGCAGGAGCUACAUAUUCCGCAAAAUUAGCUUAA